AAAACCUUCCAUCGUGAUUGGCUGAAUUCAAACGACGCAUCACGUUGAGAAGGAGCCGAUUGGACCCAAAUGGUGGGUUGACCGAGCAACAUAUUUUUGUUCCUGUGUCAAGGAAAAAGAAGAAAAGAGCUGAAGAAGUUCCCUCCAAAGAUAUAUAUCUAUAUACAUAUAUUUUAACCACACAUAAACGUCAAAUUUCAUCGUAUAAUCUAAAACCCGCUGCCUGAGAAGAAGACAUUCUGAAGAUGAACUCCAAUGUGGAGAAUCUGCCCCCUCAUGUUCUUCGCUUGGUCUACAAAGAGGUUUCAGCUUUAGUGGCAGACCCACCAGAGGGUAUCAAGAUCUACCCCAGUGAUGACGACAUUACAGAACUGCACACAGCCAUCGAAGGGCCAGAGGGAACCCCAUUUGCUGGCGGCAUUUUCCGAAUGCGCUUGGUCCUGGGUAAGGACUUCCCCGCCAUUCCACCAAAGGGGUACUUCCUGACCAAGAUUUUCCACCCCAAUGUCGGCCACAAAGGAGAGAUCUGUGUCAAUGUCCUGAAGAAAGACUGGAAGGCAGAGCUCGGCCUCAGACACGUCUUGCUGACCAUCAAGUGUCUUCUCAUCCAUCCCAACCCGGAGUCUGCGCUCAACGAGGAGGCCGGGCGCCUGCUCCUGGAGGACUACACCGAAUACGAGGCCCGCGCUCGCCUGCUCACAGAAAUCCACGCCAUGUCGGCGGGGCCCGGCGGCUCCUCGGGGGCCACCCAGGACCACCAAGACGGCCCCCAGCCCAAGAAGCAUGCGGGCGACCUCACGAAGAGAGCGGGCGCCGGCGCACCGGCUGUGCCGGCCGCUCUCGGGAACGGCGCCACCGUCAGUAGCAGCAGCUCCAGCAAUAGCAUGGCAGCCAAAAAGAAAGCUGAUAAAAAGCGCGCAUUGAAGCGACUUUAAUGCUGCUGCAGCAUUUUCUCUCUCUCUCUCUCUCUCUCUCUCUCUCUUUGUGUGUGUGUGUGUGUGUGUGUGUGUGUGUGUGUGUGUGUGUGUGUGUGUGUGUGUGUGUGUGUGUGUGUGUGUGUGUGUGUGUGCGCGUGUGCGUGCGCGCGUGUGCAAGAGUGUAAAUACAGAUAUCAAAGUUGCUCCUUUUUGUUUUCCUUCUUUUCAAGCAAGCAAGCAGACUGUCCACUUUGUACCGUAGCGUUUGACUUGUUCAAGGUAAAGUCAGAAUAAAAAGAAUAAAAUGAUGAAAGCUGUCACUUUUUCCCAUUUUAAGAAGAAAAAUGGCAUCGUCUUUUCACUGUAAGUCCACCCUGACUACUUUUUUCCUUUUAAUACCACCACUUUAUUCUCAUAUACAGUAUAUAUAUUGCUUUCAAAUUCAGGUUAUUUGUUCUAAUCCUGCUUUUGUUCCCUCUUAAAGGUGCUGACUGUUAUGGUGGGAUAGUGCCUACUCUACCCUGCCCUGUUCCCGCCCAGGCACCACUGCUGAUUGUGGAUAGCAUUCAGAGACGGCGUGCAUGCUCCUUGUGUGCGUCACGCGCACAAGCAGUGAGUGAGCGACAGCGACACCCCCCUUUUCAGGCUGAACGACAACUUUCAUUCAUUUGAGCUCAUAAUUGUGAAGAAAACAAACUUUUCUGAAAGCACUUUUGGUAACUUAUGCUUGCUGCUGGUGGAGGUCUUAGGUUUUUGGGGUGAACAAAAUUGUAUUUUUGUAAUGAAAAAAGUACAUUUAAUUGAGUGGAAAAAGAUAUUUUUGUGGAGGGAAAAAAGUGUCAUUUGGAGCCAAGUAGGGAUAUCACCUUUUUAAUAGUCCACUUUUAUUAUGAUAUUCCAACUCAGUUUUCCUCAAUUUUGACCUUUUUGUUGAUAAUAGGCCUGUCAAGAUAAUCAAUUAAUUGAAUGAUUUAAAAACCAAAAAAAACAGGUUGAUAAUUAUGACGCCCUUGAUAAAUUGUAUGUGUUUGUUUCAUCUGCUCAUGUCUCUGUGCCACACAGGCUGGAUGACAAGAGGGUUCACACUGCAUGUGUCUGUGUGCAUUGGUUCUACAGUGGAAUGAACGGAGGGAGUGGACCCUCAUCGCAUUCAGCCUGUUUGUGGAGGCGGGGCUACUAGUGAGUGGAUACCGAGGGUUGAGCAGGGAGCUUGGUGAAGCAGCAUACGCGAACAUUAAGAAGGCGCCAAAGCGAUGGUUUUUGAGGCGAAUGCCACAGCCGACAGCCACAAUGUGGGAACAUUUAGGUUUUAAACAAAAUGAAUACGGUGAGCGCAUGGACACAGACAACCGACAAGGACAGUUUUCUCGACUGGGGGGAAAACUACUGAUGUUGUUAACAGUAACGCUCACGGAGGUCGGAAAAUAUAAACAAAACAGUGCAAAAAGUUGCGCUCUCACAACUAGUGUCACUGGCUACAUUGUAAAACCAUACAGGCAGCUUCUGUGUCAAGCUAAUGUCUCGCACAGGUACUUCGCACACUACACUCCUGAUCAAAAUCUUAAGACCAGUUAAAAAAUUGCU